AUGACGGUCUGCUGGGUCACCCAAUUGGUAGUGGACAAAGACUACCGUGAUAACGGACUAGCAGCUGGCCUCCUGAGGUCACUUAGGAAGACCACGGACGACAUUUACGGUAUCAUGAGUUCUCACCCGGCUGCAUGCUUGGCCGCUGCGAAAUCCCUUGGGAGCCUACGGAAUCAUGAGGUCCUCCCAAUUCCUUAUAUACAGGACGCAAAGCUACGGGGUACCAUAUUCCAGCCUGAAGACACAAGCGCAAUGGUUUCGGGAGUGAACACCGGUUUCUUUGUUGAUCAUGAGGAGCCACAGAAAGUGUUGCAAGCGGUCCGGGAAAAUUGGCAGUGGCCACUUGGAGAUUUACCCGAUGGCCACGAAUAUCUCCUUGUGAUGCCGGCUAAACACCGUCGACCUACAUCUAGAUCUCUACCACCAGGCGAGGUUGGCCGACCGGAUUGA